AAGGUUAAUUUUAGUUCCUUUUUAGUGUUUUUAAAUUUAUUAUUGAUGGAUACUUCAAAUCUUUUACUUUGUUACAACAAGGGAUGUGGAGCUAAAUUUAAUCCUGAUGAAAAUAAAGAAGAUUCUUGCAUUUUCCACCCUGGGCCGCCCUAUUUUCAUGAUGCUUACAAAAUUUGGAAGUGUUGCAAUAAAAAAAGCACAGAUUUUAGUACUUGGCUGAGUUUUGAAGGAUGUACUCGUGGACCUCAUAAUCCUGAUAAACCUUGCAAUGAUGUUCCUAAAGUUUUGCCUUCACAGCCUGAAGUUGAAGAAAAGAUGAUCGUCUGGAAUGGAUUAAACAAACCUGCCGAACGAUCUGAAGCCCACAAUCGAGAAAGAGUUUCACUUUCUAUGCAAAUGACAGAGACUUCCCGGAAAGCAUUAGAAAAUGAAUUACAACGAAGGAAAGAAAAUACUUAUAAUGGCCCCGAAACAGAUUUACAAGAAUGUUUACACCAUCCAGGCAAUGCAAUAUUCCAUGAGGGAAUGAAAUUUUGGUCUUGUUGUGAGCGCAAAACUACCGAUUUUGGAGCUUUUCUUGAUCAACUGGGAUGUUCUAGAGGAAAGCAUUGUUGGACUAAACAAAUUGAUCAAACAGAAAAUCUUCGAGAAGAUUGGUUUCAGCGAAAUGGACAAAUUUUAAUUUCAAUUUAUUGUAAAGGAGCGAUAAUUGAAGGGACUAAAAUUGACACAGAUGGACUCAAUUUAAAGGCUAAAAUUAAAUUUAAUUUUGGAGAUAAAGAAACUUUACGAGAAUAUGAACUUUUUGGUGAAAUUAUUCCUUCUGAGAGCAUGGUUUUGAUAAGUGAACGAAAAGUGGAGAUUAUGCUUAAACAGGUGAACAAAGAUGCUUGGCCAAGACUGACAUAUAAGUGA